AUGAGAUUUUACAUGCAAAAUUCCACUAAACAACGUGUAUGGUGCGCCGUUGCUGAAUGCGGUGCGUUAGGUUCUCAGCGCAGUUUUGUACCGGUCGUUGGUUGGGUCAGCUGUGUUUCUCGCGGCAGUUCAUCAGUUUAUAUUGUGUGUCUAGCGGGCUAUCAUAAUAACCUAGGGCAACGAUUAUUCUAUCAGGUUGUGUCUAGCGGGCGAACAGAAUGUCCCAGGACAUCAAUUCUUUCAUCAGAUUCGGGCGAACAGAAUGUCCCAGGACAUCAGAUUAAUGUCCCAGGACAUCAAUUCUUUCAUCAGAUUCUGGCGAACAGAAUGUCCCAGGCCAUCAAUUUUUUCAUCAGAUUCUGGUGA